GACAAGCUGCAAGUCAAGCAUCCCUCCCCCGCCCCUGAUCGCAAUUAAUUCUUUAAUUUCCUGUCGUCGGCGCCGGGCUUUUCCCUCGUCCUUUUAACCCUGCCGUGUCGCUCUCGACCCGUCGCUCUGCCGAUUCCCUGGUGUUUCUCAACCCUAUCGAUGCACCGCUGAGGGCUGCCGGUCAGCCAAGAUGAGCUCCUCCAUACUGAAUAUCCAGCACGAUAUCAUCCUUAAUACGAUCCGUUAUACCGCGGGUGAUGAGUGGAAAGUGUUGGUUGUGGAUGAGACCAGCCGGAAAUUGAUUGACAAUGCUGUGAGCGAGGAUGACAUCCUCAACCUCAACGUCACCAAUGUCGAGCAGAUCGAACAUAGGCGGUCGCCCAAUCCUGGGAUGGACGCGCUCUACAUCCUGUCGCCGCAAACGCAUAUCGUGGAUUGCCUGAUGGCCGACUUUGAACGGAAGAGAUACAGGAAAGCGUGGUUGGUCUGGACCGCAGUGUUGGAUCCGCAGCAGCGCGUGCGGCUUGAACGAUCCCAGAUGGCGCAGGAUCAGAUCGCCAGUUUCCGUGUGAUGAAUGCCGACUAUUUCCCGAGGGAAUCGCGCGUCGUCACGUUUCGAGACCCCUGGAGUUUUCCCGUGCUGUUCCACCCCGGAUGUAACCAUUUAAUCAAAGGGCACUUGGAGUCAUUGGCACAGAAGGCUGUGUCGAUCUGCGUGAGUUUGGGAGAGUACCCAACCAUCCGAUACUACCGCCCUAGAACCCCGACCCACGAGGCCAGUGUCUUGUGCUCGCACUUGGCUAGGUUUAUCCAAAACGAAUUAGAUCAAUAUGCCCACUUCCAGCGAGAUUUUCCUCCUCCUUCCCCGCGGCCUCGAGGUGUUCUCCUCGUGGUAGAUCGAUCCAUGGAUCUGAUCGCUCCCCUGGUCCAUGAGUUUACCUACCAGUCCAUGGUACACGACUUGCUGCCGAUCAAAGACGGCGACAAAGUUACAUACAAAACCAUUGUGAACGAGGGCAGUCAAAACGAGGAGGUGAAGGAAAUGGAAAUCAGCGAUCAGGAUCACGUCUGGGUCGAUUACCGACAUCUUCACAUGAAGGACGUUCUUGAGAAGCUGGGUGAAGACUUCGCCAAGUUUAGAGCAGCGAAUCCUCAAUUUGCGGAAGAAAACAACAAAGCCAACGUUAACACGAUCAAGGACAUGUUGGCUGGUCUCACCGAAUUCCAGCAGGGCAGAGAUGCAUACACUUUGCAUCUGAACAUGGCGCAAGAAUGCAUGAAGCUCUUCCAGGAUCACAAAUUGCUCGAAGUGAGCUCGGUGGAGCAAUGCCUGUCUACCGGCCUGGAUGAGAACUAUAAAAAGGCCAAGGGACUCGCGGCACAGCUGGUGCAGCUGCUGGAUGACGACACGGUUGGCCAUCCGGACAGACUGAGGCUGCUGUUGCUUUAUGUCAUAUAUCGAGGGGGUAUUCUUGGUGGUGAUAUCAGGAAGCUUAUGGCCCAUGGCCAACUUCCACCGCAGGACGGAGAAGUCAUCUACAACCUUGAUCUCCUAGGAGCAAGAGCGGAAAAACCUCUCAAAGACGAGAAACCGCCUGUUCAGCCGCUGUUCAAUCGAAAGCCCCCAUCUCCGGCCGAGGCUGACGAGACCAGCCUGACUCGGUAUGAGUUGAAUGUGAAGUUAAUGCUCGAGGAUCUCGUGCGCGGAACACUGGAUUCAACGGUAUUCCCGUUCACUCGACCGCAGACAGAUGCCGAUGGAAUGGGACAGCAGCAAGACGGCCUCUCGCAGGCGUCUCUGCGAAGUGCCAAACCGACAUGGGCCCGAACUCGCUCGGCGGCGGAGCAACCGAAGCAGCGCAUCAUCGUCUUCAUGGCGGGUGGUGCGACCUACGGAGAGACUCGCACCUGCUAUGAAGUCUCGCAAGCGUUUGGCAAGGAUGUUUUCAUGGCAACCUCCCACAUGUUGAGUCCUAGCUUGUUUUUGCGACAGCUCGGGGACCUUAGCACCGACAGGAGACGGUUGGACAUUCCGGCCGAACGUCCCAAACCCACGGCUCCAGCCCAUCUGUUCGAGAGGGAACCGCCACCGCCGCAACCUGCACCCAAGAAACCUCCCCCAAUGCCGAAUCUCAACCCCCCGGUGCCCCCUUCGCAGGCCAUGGGCGCAAUGUCACUAGGACCCAAUGCUCCCAAACCUGCCAAUGGCACGGCCGCCGCUGGCAGUCCUGCGCCCGGCGGGAAACCCCCCAAGGAAAAGAAGGAGAAGAAGCGGCAUCAUUUCUUCAGGUAGUUUCUUUGCUCAAGGCUUUUUGUGCCAGCUGGAGCUAGCAAUGUCUUGACCAGUCCGCAGCCAUGGACACUCGCGAUCUGCGGACGCACCUACUGUUUAAUUAUAGCGCUGCUGUGAUACCAUCUCUCUCCCUCUCCUAUUCUAACUACUCCCUUCUGGGUCUUGUGCACCUCCGGCGCCAUGGCGUCAUCUGGACCUGAGGAAUGGAGUGCUCUUUGACAUUAUCUGACGUUCUUUUGUGGCAUAUUCUCCCAUAAUCAAUUGUAUGUAGCUCAGUUCAGAUAUGUCCUCGUCAUUUAAAAACCGGCCGAACUUCC